AUGUCAUCAUCAUCAUCAUCCUCUCUCCAGCGCUUGCUACUUCACCUCCUCUUCCUCCUGGCCACUGUUUCGGCCGCGCCAUCGCAGUACUGCCUCUUUGGCCUUCCCCGCGAUGAUGUCGAUUUCUGCAUGGCCGUGUCGCUCUAUCACAACCACUCGACAUCAGCUCACGAUAUCUAUCUCUCGCUGGCAAUGAGACGAAAUGCUACUGACUCCAAUGCCGCUGCUCUCGGGUGGACCGCUCUCGGCACGGGCCUCAACAUGGCCGGAUCUCUCAUGUUCGUCCUCUACGGCGAUCCCAAGGCGUCCGGGGCCAAGCCGACGCUGAGCGUGCGAACCGUCAAGUCCGGCCACGCAGUACCAGCACAGGUCACCCAGCAAGACACCGGAAAGCAGCUCGACGUUCGCGUCUCGGAGACGUCCUGGACAAAGACCGACGACGACCUGUACGUGGCCAAGGCGUCCAUUGUCUGCUACGCCUGCUCUGAGUGGAUGGGCGCGGAAAUCUCGCCCGAGUCCAUCUCGCAUUCGUGGAUCUGGGCGUGGAACAAGCAGCAGGACAUGAAGGCCUUUGCGCCCGACCAGCAGCUCGAGACGCACUCCUUGGUGGAUGGCUUCGGCCACUUCUACGUCAACAUGCAGGCCGCCACCUCGCACCACGCUAAUGGCUUCCCGGCCUUGAACGUGACGGGCGAGGAUUCCAAUAUCGGCACCUCUAGGUGGCCCAUCAAGGAGGGGAAGACGGGGCUGUGGCAGAAGCUCCUGUCUCGGCCUCUCGCCCAUCUUCAUGGCUUCUUCAUGAUGACUGCUUUCCUGCUGCUGUUCCCUGUCGGAGCCGUGGCAAUCCGCUCCGGUUCCGAAAAGUCGUUCAAAUACCACUGGGUCAUCCAGGCCUCGGCCAUGGUGUCUGCCCUCGGCGGCGCCGUCGUGGCCAUUGCCAUGAGCGACGGCGUCUUUGAUUCCCCUCACCAAGUCGCCGGUGUCGUCAUUGUCUCACUCCUGGUCGUGCAGGCCGUGCUCGGCUGGCGACAUCACGUCGACUUCAUUCGCAUCUUCCGCCGCACCUGGAUCUCCUACGCUCACAUCUCCCUCGGGUUCGUCAUCCUGGUGAGCGGCUGGGCCAACGUCAUCGGCGGCCUGGUGCUGUACGGCUUCAGCAAAUUUGGCCUCGUCAUGCUUGGCCUCUUCAUCCUGCUGGAGGCCGUGGGCAUGGGAGUCUGGUCGUUCCUGGCCAGACGCCGCUCCAAGGCAAAGGGCCCGAUCCACAAGGAGACGCCCGAGUCUUCGGCGGCGUAUUUCGCCCUGGAGGAUAUCCCUGAGAGCGAUGAGGAGGAUGACGCGGCGGAGGAGAGGGGGCUUAUGCAGAAGCGGAAUGAUUAA